AUGCGGACCGCCGAACCCAUUUUCAAAGACGGCGCACUCGAGCGUCUCUGCCCCCCGAAAGAACCCCCCCGCCGAGAACGCAAUGCCAUACAAGACGGAGCCUUGGUGCCUUCGGGCCCUCGGGAUGUCCAAUCUUCGGAUCCCUCGGUGCAACAACAAAUGCAACAUCAAGGACGGAGUAUCGAUCAAAUCUCGAGCUCGGUCAACAACCUCCAAGAUACCAUGAACGACUUGAAGCACUCCUUUACAUCCCUCCGCAUUGAGUUGAAUGGCCCACAUCGACACCUGGGAGACCAUGGACCAAACAGUGGUCCCGGAUUUGAUAUGAUCGCCACCGUAUUGAAAGAGCUGAAGUCCAAAUCGGACGAAAUUGAGAAAUUAAAAUUAGAGAUCGAGGCGUUGAAGCUGAAGAACCGCUUCAUGGAGGACCGCAGACCCUCUGAUCAUUAUGGCCAUCAAAUGAACGUUCAAUUGCCAGAGGUGCAGAGUCCUGGACUGCUGCAGGCUGGACGGAAACGCGCCUGGCCCGACGCUUUCUCGAAUGGGCGAAACGACCAGAUUGCAGAUUCAUUCGAUGAGGAGGAAAUGGUGGAUGACUUCUCACUUGCUGACCUGCCUAUCCACUCGGCCCGAGUCCCGCUCAAAGAAUCUGAAGAAAUGGAGGACAGCCACAGAUACGGUCAUUUAUCUACAUCACCCCCGCUGUGUAUAGAAGGCCGCCGCCAGAGUCUAAGCGCUGCAUCAAAUACCCCCCAGGGGCACUUUGUCAACCCAGAUCAGAGUCCCGCCAAGCGACAACGAAUUACUCAACCUGUGGCAGAUGCACCAAACCCCGCACCUAGUUCCACGAGGGAAGAGGUCGACCAAGGAAGUCUGUGA